AUGAAGAGCGCAGGCGGGAAAGUGCGCGACAACAGCGCUGUCAUAUUUCAGUACAAUAUAUACAUCACCAAAUCUGCCAAUUCACGUCUUGUCCCACUAAAUGGUUGCUUCUACCAACACCCCAAGUUUCCCCCUGAUAACACAUCCGGAUUUGUGACCAUCACAGGCGAAACGCCUCCAACUCUCCGUUGGGUUUAUCUUGAUUUGCACACCCAUGAGCUACGGUGGGGAGGGAAACAGGACAGUGAAGGAAAUAUCUGUGGCCCCUUCGAUUGGACACAAGAUGAAGAGCGAAUCACACUAGAGGGUUGGGAAGGUUGGCUGGCUGUCCGGGUUGACGACGAGAAGAUACCUGAAGAGCUCGGUGUUGAGAACGGCCAGGAGCUUUGGAGAUUAUAUUUCGACCAAAAUGACGAUGGAGCUGACUUGCCUCAAGACGCGGAAGUACUAGAAGUCACAAUCAAGCGAACUGUGGCGGAAUCUUAA